AUGAAGAACAGUACCGAUUCCUUUUAUUUCAACCUCACCAUGUUUGUGAACAUUGGAGACUAUCGCUAUGCAGCCUUUUUCUUUUGCUUCCUGCUCUACACCUUUAUUCUAUAUGCUAACCUUGUAAUAAUAACAAUUAUAUCUCGAGAAAGAACACUACAUGAGCCAAUGUAUAUUUUCAUUGCUCUAUUAUCUGUAAAUUCUUUGUAUGGUUCUUCUGGAUUCUUCCCCAGAUUCUUAAUCGAUCUUUUGUCUGCUAAUCAUUUGAUUUCCCAGCUUGCUUGUUUCACUCAGAUAUAUAUUAUUUACACAUAUGCUGCCAAUGAAAUGACCAUUCUUAGCAUUAUGGCAUAUGAUAGAUAUGUUGCUGUAUGUCAUCCUUUACAUUAUCACAGAAAGAUGACUUCUAAAACUGUUUUAAAGUUGUCAGCAUUUGCAUGGAUUUUUCCAGCCGUUGGUAUCAUAGUACUCAUUUCUUUGUCAACCAGGCUUCCUUUAUGUGGUAAUGAGAUACAAAAAUUGUUUUGUGCUAACUGGAAUGUUGUAAAAUUGUCAUGUGUUGCUACCGAUGCCAACAAUAUUUAUGGUCUUUGGUUUACUAUAACUACAGUUUUCCUUCCCCUUGCUUUUGUCUUAUUUUCCUACUUGAAAAUUGUAAUUGUUUGCUGGAAAAGCUCUGCAGAAUUCAAAGGGAAAGUAUUACACAGCUGUCUGCCACACAUUGUCUCAUUUGUGAUUUAUUCCAUCACUGGAUUCUGUGAUAUUGCUCUGAGUCGGUAUAAUAUUGAAGAGAUAAAUCCAUUUGUGGCAGGUAUUCUUUCACUUGAGUUUGUUGUCAUUCCUCCCGUUCUGAAUCCCUUAGUAUAUGGCCUUAAAUUACCAGAAAUAAGAAAGCACAUUUUACAGACGUUAUCACUGCAUAAAUUAAUUUCUUGA